UAGGAAACCAAGAGAUUACCGACAAGGAGAGAAAAAGAACGACUUUUAAAACGACGUCGCCCUCACCUUCACAAGGAAACGACGACGGACCUUCGUCAACAAAGAACGUGAGACUCAAGCGCAGAAUCUGAUUCUACAGUCGUGCAGUACUAGCUGUUGAAAUAUGUGAGAAGAAACUCCCCAACAAUCUUCGGCUAGGGUUUUCUCCCUCUCUCUCUCUGAACCUUAGCAGGAAAGUAACCAAACCUUCGGAUUCUAUCAAUGGAGUCUAUUAUGGAGACGAUUCAGCCUCAGCAACAAGAACAAGGGAGCGCGAGCAGAUCGGAAAAGAGAAAGCCGGUGUUCGUGAAAGUGGAUCAGCUGAAACCAGGAACGAGCGGUCACACACUGAUCGCCAAGGUCUUGACCUCCAACAAGGUCUUGCAGAAGGGCCGCGCUGCCUCUCAGCACCUCCGCCAGACUCGCAUCGCCGAGUGCCUUAUCGGUGACGACACCGCCACCAUCCUUUUCACCGCUCGCAACGAUCAAGUUGACUUGAUGAAGCCGGGCGCCACUGUAAUUCUUCGUAACGCAAAGAUUGACAUGUUUAAGGGGUCUAUGAGGCUUGCUGUUGACAAAUGGGGCCGCAUUGAAGUUACUGAACCUGCUAAGUUCGCAGUUCAAGAGGAUAACAAUCUCUCCCUGGUUGAAUAUGAGUUGGUGAAUGUAGUCGAAGAGUGAGUGUUGUGAAAUGAGCCGUGUGAUACUAAAAGAGUGCUUUAUAGGUUGGAAGUCCCAUAAUUUUUGCCCAUAUUCCUGUGGCAUGGGGGUUACAUUUUCUUUGUGACAGUUGGGUUUGGUAUACAAAUAUCAGUCAAAAUAGAGUGUUUCCUUUACAUGUAUUAACAUCUACUAGGAUUAGUCUAAUGCUUGUGAACGGUUAAGGUGUGUCAACAAGAUUUAUGAGUGGUAAGCUCCUUUCAUAUCGUGGAAUGGUAAGCUAUUUUAACUGUUGAGAAUUAGUUCCUUUGGAAUCUUAUAAUUUAUGUUCUGCAUUUUGGCUCUA